CUUAAAGUGUCAUUUUCUCAAAGGGAACAGAGAAGAAAGAGACUUAUCAUUCCCCUCAUACCUUUUGCCAUCUCUCUCUCUAAUUCUUUGCAACUGCUUUUCUCCUUUCACCAAGAACAAAAGAUUCAUUAAGGAAGAAGAAAGAUCCUUUCUGAAUUAAUAAGAUUAUACCCCCCCCCCCUUUCUCUCAAACUCAUCAAAGUUAUCUCAAAUUUAUUCAUAAUUAUUUCUUGUUAUGGAGCUUUUCCCUUCGCAACCUGACUUGUGCUUGAAGAUCAGCACAAGAAGAGAUGAAGAAGGAGAAUAUCAAGAACAAGAACAAGUCGAAAGGAGAUUAGGGUUUCGGGGUAAAGCCUCGGACAGCAAAUCUUCUGACAGUCUCAUCCACACUCUCCAAUUCACUUCAAACAAUGAACCCAUCAAGAUUGAUAAUCAAGAGCAUAAGGAACCUCUCGAUCAAGACUUGAGAUCUAUGUUGAUGAUGAGACCAAUAAGAGGAAUUCCUCUUUACCAAAAUCAAAUCCUUGACCAUUACUACUACUCUACCACUCCUCCUUUCUUCUUUAGUGAAGUCAACGGUCAACACGCAAACCCUAAUAAUAGGUUUAAUCUUCACCACCGUCAUCGGCGUCAAGCUCAGCCACAAACGCCGAGAUUCACGGUGAAACGAGGAGCAAGAGCUCCGAGGAUGCGGUGGACGACGACCCUUCAUGCCCAUUUCGUUCAUGCUGUUCAAUUAUUGGGUGGUCAUGAAAGAGCAACUCCAAAAUCAGUACUUGAGCUGAUGGAUGUGCAAGAUCUCACAUUGGCUCAUGUUAAAUCUCAUUUACAGAUGUAUCGGACCAUCAAAUCUACUGAGAAGCCUACAUCAUCAUCAGGGCAGUCAGAUACUUGUGAAAAUGGAUCACAUGUAAACAGGGAGAGACAGGCAAGAGACCUCCAGGGUCUAUGGAAUAACUCCUCAAGUGAAGCUCGGUUCCAUUUAAAGGCAAAGGCAUCAUCAGCUGUAGAUAUUUCAUCCAAUGAGAAUGUGGAUCGAAGAUGUUCUAGCAACGACCGACUGUCAUCGGAUUCGUCAAGCCUCACUGGGACAAGACCAGAGACUGAAACUCCCAAUCUCGAUUUCACUUUAGCUACACCAAACCUUCCUCCCUAAUUUACUACUACUAUAUACGAUAAAAUAAUAAAAGUUGUUAAAAUAUAGAGAGAUAUCAAACUUUAAAAUUAUUUUUGCAUAAUGAAAAAAAAAUAUGAAAUGAUGUUUAUUUCUUCGAUUAAUUGUUUGUUCUUUUGCCCUGUAAACUUGAGAUGCUUCAUUUUCAAAAAAAAAAAAAAAAACUUGAGAUGCUUUUUGUUAAACGGGGUCGUCAUGUUUAUAUGCA